AUGGUGUUAGUCCUUGUCAUCGGCGACCUCCACAUACCACACCGCAUCCAUGAUCUCCCGGCAAAGUUCAAGAAGCUCUUGGUUCCGGGAAAGAUCCAGCAAAUACUCUGUACCGGCAACGUAUGUGAUCGGGAGACGUACGAGUACCUGCGGACGGUCUCACCAGACGUGCAUGUCGUAAGAGGGGACUAUGACGAGGUGAGUGCUAGUUCAUUCCCACUUUCGGUGACGGUUGCACAUUCGCCGAUCCGCAUCGGUGUAGUGCAUGGUCAUCAAUGUAUCCCAACGGGAGACCUCGAUUCCCUCAAUGCGAUAGCAAGGCAGCUUGACGUGGACGUUUUGGUGUCCGGGCAUACACACACAUUCCAAGCGGUUGAGUACGACAACCGCUUCUUCGUCAACCCCGGUUCUGCGACGGGGGCAUGGAUAGGAAGUUACAACGGUGAUAUCACUCCCUCGUUCGCGCUCAUGGACAUCCAGGGCCCCGUGGUGGUGACCUACGUAUACCAAUUGAUUGAGGGCGAGGUGCGCGUCGAGAAGAUCGAGUACAGGAAGGAACCUGAGCCGGUCCGGGAAGCGCCACGACCCAUUGCGAUGCCGCAAAGCAUCCCUUCCACCCCAGGGCCACAGCAUGUGCAGAGCGUCUGGUGAUCGUUUUAUCCGUCGGCGAGUAGGUGUCGUUAUUCGCGGUCGUUCUUUGUAUUAUCAUAUUGUGUCCUCGCGGUAUUGUAUUCGUCUCUGAUAUCACAUCUCUGAUAUCACCAGAUUGCCGUUCAUCGGAUUCUGCUGAACCAUAUAUACUCUCUCU